AAUUGUUUUCUAUUUUUCUUUUGAGAAGGUCGUUAAAGCUUAAAAAAAUAAUACAAAUAAAACCGUUUUUAUAAACGUUGAUUGAAUUAAAGCUUGUUAUUUUAGAAAUGAGCACAUUUUUGAUGCGUAAAGUAUUGGAUAAGUAUUAAUGUUGGAUUGGGUGAUUAUGACUGGUGAACCUAACCAAGUAAAAAGACCAUCUGUAUACGGUUUGGAUGCUUCUUUACAAUCAACAAGAAUGAAACCGAAUAAUUAUUCACCAUACAUGCCUGGACCAUCCACUUACACCAACAAUUUCUCUUUUUACUCCAAUUUUGGGCAAAUACCAGCUUCUGUUACGUUCCCUUUGCCUCCAAUUGAGGCAGCUUAUAGCGAUGGUGUCUCAAAUAGUACUGCAUUAACAAGAUGUAAAAGAAAAAUGGAUGAUACCCCAAUUUCUCGUUCUGUGAAGCAACAUAUCACAGAAGAUCGUAUGGCUGAACAUUUAUCGAAAUUACAUAUAAGCACACAAAACCCAGCCCCAUCAUCUGAACCAGAGACAACCGAAACUACAGAAAAACGUCUCUACAUGUGUGAGGUAAUGAGAAAGUUACAAACAGAAUCCGUUAUACCGCAAUCACUUUUGGAUCGUGUAACCGGACCUUGUAAAGCUUUAGUUUUGUGGUCUCCACCCCAAAGAAUUUUUCCGGUACUUCCAAACAUAGCAGAAGAUGAAAAUUAUGAUAAUAAUAACGAAGAAGCCGUUCCUGAUAAUAAUUUAAUGGAUCUUGAUCGAUAAUUUUUAUUAAGUAAC